GUAGCACACCCCUCGCAGAUACCAACGUCAGACCACAGAGCCGGGAACUUGAAAUCUAGCCUCGCAUGCCGUUGGCUGAGGGAGACGCCAUAACCCUGUUGAAGGAAGCACGUCCCGAGUCAGGUUACCUGACCCCGGGAUCGACCGUCCCUCGGGGAAUAGAAACAUAAACCAAGACGGACGCCGAGCUGCGGCAGCACUCCGGUGCCUUGGCCAAUCCGAAAAACCCACGGUCUCGUCGUGGCCAUGCGUCCGUCUCGCGAUAUCGAGAUGGCCGAUUUCGGGCCCAAGGAGGGCUCGUGGGCGCAGGGCAGCGUCCUGAGCACCCGUAUGAGCACCCGGGGCGCAUCGGCUUACUCGCGCGACAACGGGGAGCAGCACUCCCACCCGGUGCGGCGCUGGCUGGACUCGUUCCGGCGAGACCCGGGUCUCCAUGUCACGCCUCCCUCCGCCAUAAACGCCGCCGAACGCGGUCCCCGGGGCUCGACGCUGCGUCCUUCCGACGACCUGCCGCCGUCCGAGCGGGUGCCGAGUCGCGACCAACGCACUGGACACUACUUUGACCUGCACGCCGCGAAUGUCAACACGGCCAACACGCUGCUGUCCCGCGAACUGAAGGGGAGGCACCUUCAGAUGAUUGCCAUUGGCGGUUCCAUUGGAACCGGGCUGUUCGUCGCGUCGGGUAAAGCCCUCUACACCGGCGGUCCAGCCAGUGUUUUGAUCGCCUACCUCUUCAUCGGUUCUAUGCUGUACUGCACCAUCCAAGCUUUGGGUGAACUUGCCGUAACCUUCCCCGUCGCCGGCUCCUUUUCGGCCUACUCGACACGGUUUCUGGACCCGGCUUGGGGAUUCGCUAUGGGCUGGAACUACGCCUUGCAGUGGCUGACGGUGCUCCCCGUCGAAAUCAUUGCCGCCUCCAUCACCGUCAGUUAUUGGAACAACGAUCUGAAUCGUGCCAUCUUUAUCACCAUCUUCCUGCUCGCUAUCUUUGUGAUCAACUUGUUUGGCGUCAAAGGCUACGGAGAAUCCGAGUUUGUCUUCGCCAUUGUCAAGAUCACGGCCGUCAUCGGGUUCAUCCUCCUCGGCAUCGUUAUCAACAUAGGUGGCUAUCCCAACGACGGCUAUAUCGGUGGCCGGUACUGGCACAACCCGGGUGCCUUCAACAACGGCUUCAAGGGUCUCUGUGCCGUCUUCGUCACCGCCGCCUUCGCCUUCACGGGCACCGAGCUCGUCGGCCUCGCCGCCGCCGAGACGGUCAACCCGCGCAAGUCCCUCCCUACCGCCAUCAAACAAGUCUUUUGGCGCAUCACACUCUUCUACAUCGUCUCCCUUACCCUUAUCGGCCUGCUCGUGCCGCACAACCACCCCAAGCUUCUAGGCGCUAAGUCCGCCGCUGACGCCUCGGCAUCCCCCUUCGUCAUCGCCAUCGAAUCGGCCGGAAUAGCCAUCCUCCCAGGCGUUAUGAACAGCGUCAUCCUAGUCGCCGUCAUCUCGGUCGGCAACAGCGCCGUCUUCGGCUCCUCCCGCACGCUCGCCGCACUGGCCGACCAGCGCCAGGCGCCUCAGAUCCUCGGCUACGUCGACCGUCGCGGCCGGCCCCUCGUAGCCAUACUCGUCGCCUCCGCCAUCGGCCUACUGGGCUACCUGGCCGACCUGGACGAGAAGACCGACGUCCUGAACUGGCUGCUGGCCGUCUCGGGCCUCUCCUCCGUCUUCACGUGGGGCUCUAUCUGCCUCGCACACAUCCGCUUCCGCAAGGCCUGGGCCGCCAAGGGGCGCUCCAUCCACUCGCUCGCCUUCCGCUCCCAGGUCGGCGUGGUCGGAUCCUGGAUAGGCCUGUCGCUCAACAUCCUCGUGCUGCUCGCACAGUUCUGGACCGCCGCCUGGCCCAUCCCGCACCCGGUCCCCUCCAACCCGCUUGCCUCUCCCCUAGAUCCCGUCCCAGGCGGCGGGGCGACAGGCGGCGACAGGCACGGCGCCGAGGCAGCGCGGAAUUUCUUCCUCGAGUAUCUGUGCGCCCCGAUCGUCGCGGCGUUUUAUGUCGGGUACAAGAUCUGGUUCCGCACCAGUGUGGUCAAGAUCGACGAGAUUGAUGUCGACACGGGGCGGCGGGACUUCAACUUGCCGAUUUUGAUAUCGAGGGAGAUAGAGGAACGGAAAGGGUGGCCUAGGUGGAAAAGGGUUUAUAGAUUCCUGUGUUGAUCUUGAUUUGUCCCGCUGUUGGGUCUGGUGUGAUUUGGUAGAUUUAGAAGCUAAACGGGGUUUGGUACCUAAGUGUGGGUUGGCUGUGUAUACCU